CAAACUCACAGCAAGACUUGGUAAAGGCGGCCGAAGAAGCAAAGCUGACUAAUCUGCAACCAUGAAGAUGAAGAGAUGCAUCCUGCUGAUGCUCGCACUUGAGGCCGCCGUCCUCGUCGCCGGCCGCCCCUCCGCUGUUGCCGUCUCCAACGACGUGGGCACCAUUCUCAUGCCGACCGAAGGCAAAGGGCAAGUGGGAACGGCGGCGGCUUCCAGGCCAUGGGAUUGCUGCGACAACACCAUAUGCACCAGGUCCUUGCCGCCAAUCUGCAUCUGUCUGGACGAGGUCGACGAGUGCGCCUCCACCUGCAUGGCCUGCGUGCCGUCCGUCUCAAACCCAUUCCGCCGCGUCUGCGGAGACCGGUACUACGGCGACCCCGGGCCCAAGUGCACCUACAACACCGUCGCCGGCGACAACAACGACGACGCCCUCGUAGCGGCGGCGGCAGAGGAGGAGAAGCCGUGGGAGUGCUGUGACAUGGCUCUGUGCACCAGGUCAUACCCGCCGAUGUGCCGCUGCGUGGACGAGGUCGAGCAGUGCGCUGCAACCUGCAAGAGCUGCGGGGUGUCCAUCUUGAACCCGUUCCGCCACGUCUGCAACGACUGGUACAACGGCUUCCCAGGUCGCAAGUGCACCGAGGCCGCCCACGCCGGCGGUAAUAACUAUCAUCAUCCACAUCCACGAGGACGGGGCGUCGACCCGUUGGCUGGGCAGCUGAGAUCCAUCGGUGUCACGAGGCUACAUAUACGCCUGGCUGCCAUAGCCAGCUUCACACGCACAAGCAAGCUCACUACACACGCUAUGGGGAUGAAGCGAUGCAUCGUUCCUAGCAUCCUGCUGAUGCUUGCACUGCAGGCAGCCCUGCUCGUCGCCGGCGACGUGGGCGACAUUCUCCUGCCGAGCCAAGGCCAAGUUGCAGACGAAGCAGCCAUGGCGGCCAAGAAGAGGCCGUGGAAGUGCUGCGACCAGGCGGUGUGCACCCGCUCCGAACCGCCGAUCUGCCGCUGCAUGGACCAGGUUUUCGAGUGCCCCUCCACCUGCAAGUCCUGCGGGCCGUCCAUGGCCGACCCGUCCCGCCUCGUCUGCCAAGACCAGUACGUCGGCCUCCCCGGGCCCAUCUGCAGGCCGUGGGAGUGCUGCGACUCGCCUACCUGCACCAAGUCCAACCCGCCGACGUGCCGCUGCGGGGACGAGGUCGACGAGUGUGCUCCGACCUGCAAGACCUGCCUGCCGGCCAGGUCGCACCCUUCCCGCCGCGUCUGCAUCGACAGCUACUUUGGAGCCUUCCCUCCUGCGUGCACGCCGUCAGAGGCUGUUGCCGCCGGUGGUAACUAGCACGCCAUUGAUCACGCGAUCAACUUCGUCGAGUGUUGUGUAAGAAUAAAAUAAAAAUGGAUGGCCGGCUACUGCUAGUAGUCUAUAUGUGUGGUGGACACAUUAUACUAUGAAUAAGACAACAUGGCAAUGUCUAAUUUUAAAUGAACGGUGUAGUUUUCUUCA